UUACUAUGGUGAGGCAGUACUGCACUUACAUCGUCUGUGACUAAAAAUAUCAAAAUCCAUUUCGCGCCUUUAUUAUUCCAUUCAUCUGUAGUGUUCUUGGUCGAAUUAUUGUUGGUUGAAAUCCAUGACAUCGAAUCUUUAAUUAGACAAAAUGAACAAGAAACCGUUCUCCACACCUUCUGCUGCGAAGAAGGCAAAAUAUCGGAAUGAAGAUGAUGAAGAUGAUUACCCUGGGUCAUUUGAAGCUGAGCUUGCUAAUAUGGAUGAGAUUGAUGAAGAAUUUGGAGAAGUAUCACAUAUUGGGUCCAGAACAAGAAAAUACAUCCUUAAGGUGGAGUAGGCCACCACCACCACAAUUGAAUCCAGAGAAAGAAUCAUUGAUUUUUCAACAAAUAGAAAUUGAUCAUUAUACAGGUACCCCAUUAGCUGGUAUGCCAGGUAGCAGAAUAGGUCCUGUACCAAUAAUGAGAAUGUAUGGUAUCACAGAGCUAGGAAACUCUGUUUGUUGUCAUGUUCAUGGGUUUAGUCCAUAUUUGUAUGUUUCUGGACCAGCCAAAUUUACAGAUUCUCAUUGCAGGCCUUUUAAGGAUGCACUGAACAAAGCAGUGCUCAAAGACAUGAGAUCGAAUCCAGAAAACAUUCAAGAAGCUAUUUUAGCCGUUGAAAGGGUUUUUAAGAAAAAUAUGUAUGGUUACUCAGGGAACGAGAAUGCAUUGUUUUUAAAAAUUACAGUAGCAUUGCCAAAAUUGCUAGCACCCUGUAAAAGACUUCUUGAGAAAGAAAUCAUUUUUCCUGACUUCAAUCAUCAGUACAGUGCCUUUGAAAGCAAUAUUGAUUUUGAUAUUAGAUUUAUGGUAGAUACAUCAGUGGUAGGAUGUUCAUGGAUUGAAUUACCUCAGAAAUGCUGGAAAUUACGUGGUCAAUCUGGACACAAUUUGCCGCUGACUACAAGAUGCCAGUUGGAAGUGGAUGUUGCAUGGGAUGCUUUCAUUGCUCAUGAACCAGAAGGCGAAUGGUCCAAAGUUGCUCCAUUCAGAAUACUUAGUUUUGAUAUUGAAUGCGCUGGUCGUAAAGGUAUUUUUCCUGAACCAAAUCACGAUCCUGUUAUACAGAUUGCUAACAUGGUAAUAAAGCAAGGAGAUCCAGAACCUUUCCUACGAAAUAUUUUCACACUUGACACCUGUGCUCCAAUCAUUGGUUGCCAAGUUUUAAGCUUUGACAAAGAAAGUACAAUGCUGGAGAAAUGGGCAGAUUUCGUGAGACAAUUGGACCCUGAUAUUUUUACAGGAUAUAACAUAAACAAUUUCGAUUUUCCAUAUCUCAUUAAUCGAGCUCAACAUCUGAACGUGAAGAAUUUCAAUUUCCUUGGUCGAAUAAAGAACAUAAAAUCUGUAAUCAAAACACAAAUGCUCCAGAGCAAGCAGAUGGGUAAACGUGAAAAUAAGACUAUCAAUUUCGAAGGAAGGGUUCCCUUCGAUUUACUAUUGGUGUUGGUCAGAGAUUACAAGUUGAGAUCGUACACGUUGAACGCAGUCUCUUACCACUUUCUCCAAGAGCAAAAGGAAGAUGUUCAUCACAGUAUUAUCUCAGAUUUACAGCAUGGAAACGCGCAAACACGUCGGAGGCUCGCUGUUUAUUGUCUGAAAGAUGCAUAUUUGCCUCUGAGACUGUUGGACAAAUUAAUGUGUAUUAUCAUUUAUAUGGAAAUGGCAAGAGUCACAGGAGUUUCUAUUUAUAGUUUGCUAACUAGAGGACAACAGAUAAAAGUGGUCUCUCAACUACUGAGAAAGGCGAAAGAAAAAGAUUAUUUGAUGCCAGUUCGCCAUGGUCAACCCAGUGAAGAACAAUUUGAGGGUGCUACGGUCAUAGAACCAAAGCGUGGAUACUACAACGAUCCCAUAGCCACUUUGGAUUUCAGUUCUCUGUAUCCCAGUAUUAUCAUGGCGCAUAAUUUGUGCUACACAACGUUAUUGGGCAACGAGAGGCUAACUAAGCAUAAAAUCAACGACGAUGACGUUACUAGAACGCCAAACAACUCUACGUUCAUCAAAGCUAAUGUCAGAAAAGGACUGCUUCCUGAAAUUUUGGAGAAUCUCUUAGCAGCUAGGAAGAAAGCGAAGGCUGAACUGAAGAACGAAACCGAUCCCUUGAAGCAAAAGGUCUUGGAUGGUAGACAAUACGCUUUGAAAGUCUCAGCAAAUUCUGUCUACGGUUUCACCGGUGCGCAAAUGGGCAAAUUGCCCUGUUUGGAGAUAUCUGCUAGUGUCACAUCUUACGGACGGACUAUGAUAGAGAAAACAAAACAGGAAGUAGAACAACAUUACUGUGUCGCAAAUGGAUACAAAAAUGAUGCUAUUGUUAUAUACGGAGACACAGAUUCCGUAAUGGUUAAAUUCGGCGUGAAAACAAUCGAAGAGGCUAUGGAACUUGGUAGAGAAGCUGCCGAAUUUGUAACUUCCAAAUUCCAGAAGCCGAUCAAAUUGGAGUUCGAGAAAGUCUAUUUUCCCUAUUUAUUAAUUAACAAAAAGCGGUAUGCUGGUCUAUAUUUCACGCGGCCUGAUAAGUAUGACAAGAUGGAUUGCAAGGGUCUUGAAACUGUACGUAGAGAUAACUGCCCUUUAGUGGCGAACAUGAUGAACACUUGUUUGCAAAAAAUACUCAUCGAUAGAAACCCCACCGAUGCUGUGAACUAUGCGAAACAAAUGAUCAGCGACCUGUUAAGAAAUCGCAUUGACAUAUCCCAAUUAGUCGUUACAAAGGAAUUAACUAAGACUGAUUAUGCAGCAAAACAGGCACACGUUGAAUUGGCGGCAAAAAUGAAGAAAAGGGACGCAGGUACCGCACCAAAACUUGGCGAUAGAGUCCCAUACGUGUUCAUAAGAGGCGCCAAGGGAGUUCCAGCUUAUCAGAAAGCGGAAGAUCCAAUCUACGUGUUGGAUAACAAUAUUCCUAUAGACACGAACCACUAUUUAGAAAAUCAACUGUCCAAACCACUGGUGCGCAUUUUUGAACCAAUACUCGGCGACAAAGCUGAAUCACUUUUGCUAAAAGGGGAUCACACGCGUACAAAAUCGGUAGCGACGUCUAGAGUUGGUGCUCUAUCUGCUUUCACGCGAAAGAAAGAAGUAUGCUUAGGUUGCAAAGCUGUUCUAAAACCCGAGAGAGAAAAAAUGGCUGUUUGCGAGUACUGUGAACCCAAAGAGGCAGAGUUCUUUCAGACAGAAUUGUAUCUUGGAAGACAGUUAGAGGAAAAAUACUGUAGAUUGUGGACUGAAUGUCAGAGAUGCCAGGGGAGUCUCCAUCAAGAAGUUCUGUGUACAAAUCGUGAUUGUCCAAUAUUCUACAUGAGGAAAAAAGUACAAAUGGAAUUAGAUACACAAAUGAAACGCAUUGAAAGAUUUGGGAUACCAGAGUGGUAGAGUUACGGAUGUCAGAAGACGUGUUGCACAGUGCGUUCGACAACCAGUCCAUCGCUUGAUCAAGCCCUUCACCUUUCGUCGCGGAUGUUUUAAAGAUUUGGAACGUUCUGUUUUUGAGAGCGUCUAAUCCGAGUGCUUGAUGCACUUCUGCGACACUUAAACAGCCUGCCAUGUCUUGUUUAUUUGCUAAGACCACCAAAAUUGCUCCUUGUAAUUCUUCUUCCUAAGAAAAACAAAUUCAUUUUUUUUUUAUACAAUAUUGAUCAUUUUUAUUAAAACAAUCUAAGAUUUAAUCUGUAAAUUUUAAGAAUUUUAUCUUUUAUAAUCUGUGAUGAUAAUUGUUAUUUAUUGUAUUAAAAAAUACUUACUCUCAACAUGUAAAUUAA